AUGCACGUCUACCUUCAAGAUGCUCCGCGGGUAGUCGCAUUGGUCUCGGAUGACCUCGAAGCGGCUCACAAUGGAUUGGGCUCGGAAACGGCUCCUUCUGCCACUGCCAUCCUCAUCUCAACACAAGCAUCCCCAGCUGCGGCACUCGCCGGUUCCACAGCAGCCAACGCACCCUCUACUGCCAAAGCGGUGGUCGAAGUCGUGAAAGAACAAGAGAUUGAAGCCUUGACGCUGCAACGGCUCACUUGGAAGCCAAUACAUGGCUGCCUUGGCCUCAUCAAUGUCGGCCAAGAUCUUUUUGUUGCGGUCGUCACUGCCGGUCAGCAAGUGGGUGCCAUCCGUCCGGGCGAGGUGGUCAUGCGCAUCACAGCCGUCUCUUUUUACUGUGUCAAUCGAUCUACCUGGGAUGAUACACUCAUAUCCGAAGCUCCAGGCUCGCAGCCCGAAACACAUGACUCCUACGGUCCAGGUCACGAAGGCGCCGUCACCCAACCAAGCGUCUACGAACACCCAUGCACCAGCCUCAAGAAGCUGCUGAGCACUGGCACAUUCUACUUUGCACAAGGUGGCACUUUCGACCUUUCAACACGCAUCGACAAGCGUCUUGCAGACGUCUCGAAGCGCGGCAGUGCUUCAGGUCAUGAUAUCUCACGCUACGAUGGCCGAUUCGUAUGGAACAACUACAUGAUCGAACCUCUCAUCAGCUUCCGCGAGCGUCUCGAACAGGCCGACCGUGCUCGGAUAGACGCUGGCUGCUUCUUGCUGUUAGCAAUACAAGGCUUUGUUGGCUGCUUCGACGCAUCUGUGUCAGCGAUGCCGAAUCUCGUGGCAACCCCCGCUGUUGUCACUCCUACACCCACAUCCAACGAGAAAGGUCCUACCGCUGCAACUCUCGCUUUGAUCAGUCGACUUAGCUGGAAGAGAGCAGGUACGCGCUUCAACACUCGUGGUGUCGAUGACGACGGCAAUGUCGCCAACUUCGUCGAGACCGAGACGCUCUUCAGCGAUGGCAUCACCACGUUCACCUUCGUGCAAGUCCGUGGCUCUGUCCCACUCUUCUGGGAGCAGCAAGGUCUGCAGGCCUUCAACGCCAAGAUCCAAAUCACAAGAUCCCCUGGUGCCUCUCAGCCUGCUUUCGAUCGACACUUUGCCGACCUCAUAUCUUACUAUUCCCGUGUCCACGCCAUCAACUUGCUCGGUACCCGAGACGCAGAGACAGUCCUCACAUCAGCAUAUGCAGAACACAUGCGUCACAGUGCGGCAGAGUCUAUCGCAGUCCUGCCUUCGGAUGAGCCGACGGCUGCACGUGGAAAUGUUGUUGGCGACGACGGCUCAGAGCGCAUCGGCUUGACCAACUUUGACUUCCACACCGUCUCUCGCAACACUGGCGGCAUCGACGGUGUCCGCAGCGAGCUUCGUUAUCUUGGUCCUGUACAGCUCAAGCGCAAAGCGUUCGGAUACUCACUCAUCGAUAGCGCAACUGGAGAGUUGCUUCGCCGCCAGAAGGGUAUUUUCCGUACCAACUGCCUUGACUGUCUCGACCGCACCAACGUGAUCGAGGAUAUGCUCUCACGCUCCAUGAUCGACACAUUCUUCGAAGGUGCUGCGAAUCGAGACGCUGCUUACCAGGCAUUUCAGGAUCCAAAUCACCCGCUAUGGGCCCACCACCGCGUGCUCUGGGCUGAGAACGGCGAUGCGCUCUCCAAAAUUUAUGCGGGCACUGGCGCCCUCAACUCUAGCUUCACUCGCAGCGGCAAGAAAACCCUCGGUGGCCUUCUCAGCGACGCAGCCAAGAGCGCGGGCCGAAUGUACAUCAACAACUUCCAAGACAAGAACAAGCAGAACGUCAUCGAUGCGCUCCUCGGUAACAAGGCCAAUCAAAAGCCUGUCACUGUCUUUGAUCCUGUGCUCGACAGUGUCACAGCAGAGCUCAACGCCAGGGUGGAAGAGUACUCAUCUAGCCGUGAUAUUACUCUCUUUGCUGGCACUUACAAUCUCAAUGGCAAGGCACCUGGCGAAUCACUGAUACCAUGGUUGUUCCCUGAUGGCGAGGAUCACGAGCCCGACAUCUUUGCAAUUGGCUUCCAGGAGAUCGUGCAGCUAACGCCACAGCAAAUCUUGAUGACAGACCCAGACAAGAUCCGCAUCUGGGAGGCAAAGAUCAUGGAGACCAUUGCAAAGAGGCCCAACAGGAAGUCUCAAUACAUUUUGCUCCGUAGCGAGCAGCUCGUCGGUACAGCGCUCGUCAUCCUCAUCAAGAAAGAGCUUGUCAACGACGUCAGGCUGGUGGAGGCAGCCACCCGCAAGACGGGACUCAAAGGCAUGAGCGGCAACAAGGGCGGUGUCGCCGUCCGAAUGGACUAUUACGAUACCUCAAUCUGCUUUGUCACAGCUCACUUUGCCGCAGGUCACUCUGCCUACGAGGAGAGAAACGCCGACUAUUGGACUAUCACCAGAGGUCUCUCGUUUGCUCGAGGCAAGACCAUUGGCAGCCAUGACCACGUCAUCUGGCUCGGCGACUUCAACUACCGAAUCGAUCUCACAAACGAGACUGUUCGGUCGAUGGUGGCUCGAGAAGACAUUGCUGGGCUCUACGCACGAGACCAACUUCGUCGAAGCAAAGACGCCGGUGAGGUGUUUCCAGGCUACGAGGAAGGGCCCGUCACAUUUGCUCCCACCUACAAGUACGACAAUGGCUCGGACCAGUACGACUCAUCCGAGAAGCAGCGCAUUCCAGCAUGGACCGAUCGCAUCCUUUAUCGCGGCUUUGGCUUACGGCAGCUGAGCUACGCGCGCGCCGAACUCAGAACCAGCGACCACCGUCCCGUGUAUGCCGCCUUCAUCGGGCCUGUUAGGAUCGUGGAUCAUCUCAGGCGCGAUGCGAUUCGCAAGCAACUGCUGUCGGAAAAGAAGGCAGCAAACGGAAUCACGGGAGCAGGAUCAGCCUCGUCUGACUCUGAAGAUGACGAGAGCCUGCCAGAUCCAUCAGAUGAGCACCAGCAGUGGUGGGAUCGGCCAGCAUCACCGCCUGAUGCUCAAAAUGCCACGUCAGACAGCGAGAGCAGCGAUGACGGAGUAGUGGGGACUAACCCCUUUCGUAGAGAUGUCACUGCUGCGCGCCUGACAGGACGAGGAUCUCCUUCACCGACGAGUAAGACACGGAUCGGAAACCUAUCUCUAGGCACCAAAGCAUCUGCAAGCACUCAAAUGGACCGAGCACACUCAACACCGCCAUCACCAACCACUACCGGUGCUGCGGAAGGUCCGACCAUCGCAGGGACUCCCUUGCGCAAGACAAUCUCCACCUCACCGACCAUGGAGAGGAAGAUCGCCUCCGGACCUGCUGCCAUGGCCAACGGAAGAUCCGCGCCGCCGCCCAUUCCAAAUAAGCCGUCAGUUGCAGCGACCAGCGUGAAUGGCAUUAUCUCAGCAUCUUCAGCUUCUGCGGACACAUCGAACGCACCUCCACCAGAGCUUCCAAAGAGGCCAGGAAUGGGAUCUCGAUCGGCUUCCUACUCUUCGCACAAGUCGAAGAAAAGCUUGCUGGACGACAGCGACUAG